AUGGCUAGCAUCAUUGCGCGCAUGGGUAAUAGCCGGCGGCAGAACGCACCAUUGCCGCCCUGGGCCCAUUCUAUGCUGAGGUCCCUGGGGAGAAGUCUCGGUCCUUUAAUGGCCACCAUGGCCGAGAGAAACAUGAAGGUGUUCUCGGGGAGGGUGGUGCCAGCCCAGGGGGAAGAAACCUUCGAAAACUGGCUGAUCCAAGUCAAUGGGGCCCUACCCGAUUGGAAUAUGUCUGAGGAGGAAAAGCUCAAGCGCUUGCUCAAAACCCUGCGAGGCCCCGCCAGGGAGGUCAUGCUUUUGCUCCAGGCGGCCAACCCCAAUCUAAGCGUGGCAGAUUUCUUGCGCGCCAUGAAAUUGGUGUUUGGGGAAUCUGAGAGCAGUGUGUCCGCUCACGGUAAAUUUUUUAACACCCUGCAGGCGCAGGGGGAGAAAGCCUCCCUUUAUGUGAUCCGUUUAGAGGUGCAGCUCCAGAACGCUAUUCAGGCAGGGAUCAUAGCUCAGAAAGAUGCCAACCAGAGUCGCCUGCACCAGCUCCUUUUAGGGGCCGAGCUGAACGGGGACCUGCGCUUUAGGCUGAAGCAUCUUCUUAGGAUGUACGCAAAUGAGCAGGAGCGACUCCCCAGUUUCCUAGAGUUAAUCAAAAUGGUAAGGGAGGAAGAGGAUUGGGAUGACACUUUCAUUAAGCAGAAACGGCCCAAAAGAUCUGAGUCCGUGGUGGAGAGGGCCACCAGCCCAGUGGCCUUCCAGGGCUCCCCCCCGAUAGUGGUGGACGGUGCUGACUGCAACGUCAUAGAGAUAGACGAUGCCCUCGACGACUCCGACGAGGAUGUGAUCCUGGUGGAGUCUCCGGACCCUCCACUGCACUCUUCGGCGUCUCCUCUCCCCAGACGCAGGCCCAGACCUCGGGACCGAGUGCUAGUCAUUGACUCCCCCAGCAGUUCCCGGGCUCAGUCUCCUUCCACCAGUGGGGGUUCAGGGUAUAAGAAUGAUGAUUCUGGGAAUCUGCGUAGAGCCAGGAAGCGAAAACACGCGAUCCGCUGUUCAUACUGCGGUGAGGAGGGCCACUCGAAGGAGACCUGUGACAAUGAGAGCAACAGGGCCCAGGUGUUUGAGAAUCUGAUCAUCACCCUGCAGGAGCUGACCCAUACGGAGGAGGAGGGGCCGAGAGAGGCCCCUGGCAAACAAGAUGACCCUUCCGAGCCGCAGUGAGGUGGUAGCCCCCGGCCUUAAGUGAACCCUUAGCCCAAACUCAGAGUCCAGCAAUGGGACGACUAGGGAGGGGCGCUUCUAAUUGCAUGAAUCCACCAAGCAGCUUUCUUUGCGGAGCGGAGCAGAAAGGGUCUCGGAUACCAGCUCAGUGGAGGGAGACAGCCUGACCUCUGCCCUUGCUUCCCCACUCCCUCUCUGCUGCCUGAGGGUCUGUUUUCUUUGUGUGCCCAUUUCUUUGAUGGCUUUAUUCUCUUUGUGAAAGUGGCAUAAUUCAUCGUUAAACCUCCAAACAAUAAAGAAAAGUACAAAAAAGUCAAGUACCAGUUACCCCAAACUCUCCACCCUGAUCUAACCAUUGUCAACCCUUUGACGACUGUCCUUCUAGAUAUUUCCCUCUACCUAUGUACCCAGAUAUAUGUAUAGAUAAAAGUGAUCAAAUAUAAGUGCUGUUCGAUAGUCUGUAUUUUUUCACCAAACAAUAUAUGUCGUGGGCUUCUUUCUAUGUCAAUAAAUAUAUAUCAGCAUCU